UGCAUACAGAGAGAUGGAAUUUCCUUAAUAAACGAAUGUACCCAUCCAAAUUUACGGCUCAAGCCAGAUACAUUUAAUUAUAAGAUACAUUUGAAAGAAAUGUUCCGAAUCGCGAUAAUAGGAGGCGGCAUCGGCGGGCUCUUCACAGCGCUAUGCAUCCACCACCACUGCACCCCAGACAUCCAAAUCCAAAUCCAAAUCGACAUCUACGAACAAGCCCCGGAGUACAAAGAAAUCGGAGCCGGGGUAGGAAUCGGGCCCAACGCCGCAGAACUAAUACGCAAGAUCGGACUUUUAGAUGAAGCGAAGAAGAUUGCCGGUGACCGCAGCGGAGUCUGGCUUUCGUUUCGGCGGUUUGAUACCGGUGGGGAGGUUCUUACUGUCAAUACACCUAAGGAAGGGAAUACGACGCAGCUGCCGAUGCAUCGCGCGGAGUUUCUCGAGCUUCUUGUAAAGGCGGUUAAGGGGCGUGGUGCGGCGGUGUUGCAUGCGGAUAAGAAGUGUAAAGCUCUUCAGGAUCGGGGGAAUGAAAUGGGUAUAUCCUUUGAGGACGGCACGUCAGCGCCUGCCAACUUGGUGAUUGGGGCAGAUGGCAUCCAUUCGGCUGUUCGGUCUCACUAUGUGAGUGAUACUGCCCAAUAUGGCGGAAUGGUCGUGUACCACGGACUAUGCGAUAUCGAAAAGAUCAAAGACAAAUGGCCAAUUCCUACAUACGGCGCACUGUCCAUGGCUCCCGGCAGACACUUCCUCACGUUCCCAAUCAGCAGCAACAGAAUCCUCAAUGUCGUGGGGUUCGUCUCGACGCCUUUUGAGAAACUCGGAGACGUAAGAGAGAGCUGGACCCUGGCGGGGGACAAGAAAGAAAUCGAGGAAGAGUUCAAAGAGUUCGCCCCUGCAGUACAAGACGUUAUCCAGAACAUGGAUACAAACCCGUUGAAAUGGAUUCUGUUUGACCGGAAAUCAUCCCCGCAAUGGAUCUUUGCAAAGGGAAAGGUGGUCUUGCUAGGUGAUGCUGCUCAUGCAAUGUGUCCACACCAGGGAGCCGGUGCUGGACAGGCCAUGGAGGAUGGAUACAUAAUUGGAAGGGCUUUGCAAGAUUUCUUCAGUUCUGGAACAAAUAAAUGCACCUUGGAGCAGUCUCUUUCUCUCUACCAUUCCAUCCGGUACCCGCGAUCCCAGAAGGUUCAGACGACGUCCCGCGAGGCAGGGGAUCUAUACGAGAUGAAGGCGGAUGAAGUCAAAGGUUUAAGCUACGACGAAGGACUCCCAAUAGUCAAGGACAUGAUUGAGCAUCGGAUGAGCUGGAUCUGGACUGAGGAUAUCGAUAAAGUGUAUGAGCAGGCUCGGCAAGGGCGGGCAUAUGCAUCGCUCUAGUUUAUACUCCUUGCGGCUAGAGAUUGCUAUCUUUAAAGGCGCUGUGGCUAGUGUAUCUUGAGUAGGAAACCAUUCAUAAGUUGCUAAUGUGUCGAGAUAUAUGUCUCGGUUAUCAUGCGUGGUAUGACUAGGCCGACUUGUGUGGGUGACGGUGGCGUGGCUUACAGGGCAGAUUUAACGGUCACGUCCAGGUAUAAUAAUCCUUUCGAUCUACAGACUGCACUGUACCUACUUCCGCAG